UCCUCAGUCGCGAUUCUGUUUUUGUCGAAAGAAAAUCGCGUUGAAAAUAUAGAAAAACUUGUAAUUAAGUCUCAGUUUUACGUUCUAACCGUCAAGUGGACUCUUAAGUUUAGUGUAAAAUAAUUUAUUUAACGAAAUAUCAAUGAAAUUAAUGAAAAAAUUGUGAAAAGAUUGUUUCCUUGAAAUUUGAUUUUACGUAAAAAGGACAUCCGACAACUAAAAAUGACGGAACCAAUUCCGAAGAUCAUGACUUUUCGCCCGACAUGGGACGAAUUUAAAGAUUUCAAAAAGUACAUGCAGUACAUAGAAACGCAAGGUGCUCACAAGGCAGGUUUGGCAAAGAUUAUUCCUCCAAAAGAAUGGGUUCCACGCAAAAAGGGAUACAAUUUAAAAGAUAUUAACGUGACAAUUCCUUCGCCAAUUUGUCAAGUUGUCUCUGGCAAGCAAGGAUUGUAUCAGCAGAUCAAUAUUCAGAAGAAAUCGUUGACCGCUCAGCAGUUUUAUGAACUUGCAAAUAGUGAACGUUAUAAGACCCCUGAGCACACCGAUGUCGACGAUUUGGCUCGUAAAUAUUGGAAAAAUAUUACUUACAUCGCCCCGAUUUACGGCGCUGACGUUAGUGGAAGUCUCACUGACAAAGAUUGCGACGUUUGGAACAUCAACCGAUUGGGAACGAUUCUCGAUUGUGUCGGAGAAGACUACGGAAUCUCCAUUGAAGGCGUGAAUACUGCUUAUUUAUAUUUCGGCAUGUGGAAGACAACUUUCGCCUGGCACACGGAAGACAUGGAUUUGUAUUCAAUUAAUUACUUACAUUUCGGAGAGCCGAAAACGUGGUAUGCCGUUCCUCCAGCUUACGGCUCAAAAUUGGAAAAAUUAGCGAACGAGAAUUUCGCAUCGAGUUACAAAACGUGUCCAGCGUACUUGCGUCACAAAAUGACCUUGAUUAAUCCGACAAUUUUGGAGAAAAAUGACAUCCCGUAUGAUCGAGUGACACAAAAUGCCGGAGAAAUCAUGAUUACCUUCCCGUAUGGAUAUCACGCCGGAUUUAACCAUGGCUUUAAUUGUGCCGAAUCGACAAAUUUCGCGCUUGAACGAUGGAUUGAGUACGGAAAACGAGCGUUGCAGUGUCAAUGUAGCAAGGAUAUGGUCCGAAUUUCGAUGGAUUGCUUCGUAAAAAGGUUCCAACCGGAAAAAUAUCAAGCCUGGUUAGAUGGAACUGAUGUCGCUCCGCAUCCCGAAGACCCAACUCGGAUGGUAAGACCUCCUCCGCGUUACGAAGCCACGCAGGAAUGCAUGAAAAAGUUUUGUAACGCACCGCCAACUAUCCGAAAAAUGUCAUUUAAAGAGCGAAAUCCCGAUGUCGACGUCGAAGACAUUCAAAACAACCAAUAUUUGGAGGAAGAUGUCAAAGCGCAUUUUAGCAACGAUGUUUUAACGGCAGCUCCCGAAGACUCUGACGAAGAAGACAAUAAAACGGCUGAAGUUGAUUUGCAACGCGAUUACGACCCCUUCAGCUCAUCCGACGAGGAAUCCAAUAAAAAGAAGCGUCGCAAAAAGAAAGACACUGAAUACGAUGACGAUUGGUUUGCAACGCAAUCUAAAUCCAGCAAUCGUCGCGGUGCUCCAGCAGGAAGAAAACGAAAAUCUGACAGUGGUGCAGAGAAAACUACAAAAACUCCCGCAGCUAAGAGACCGAAAAAGCGCGAAUUGACUCCUGCCAUGAAGAAAGUUCACAGUGCGAUGGCACGACAUGCGACGUCGCAAAAGAAAACCUUCCAAAAAGAUCCGUUGGAUACACGAACGAGACCGUCUUUGGUGAAACAAGAAUUAGCAAACAUAAAACGCGAACAAAAAAUGAAUUAUAAGCAACAAGCGACGACUCCCAAUGGACCCCAAGGUCGUAGCAAUGCUGAAUUAUUUACCAAAGGACGACCACCGCCAGUAUUAUCGACACCUGUAACGCCCUUGUAUGUCGCGCCAAUCAAGUCAAUUGUCCCGAAUCGAACGCCCAGCACUCCCGUCAGCUCACCGAAGACCGUUUCAAGUGAUAGUUUGAAAUCAACCCCAACGUCGUUUUCAUACACCGCCCCAAUCGUCAUUAAAAAGCCGCCUCCAUUAGAAAAACCCUCUACAACGAGUUUCAUGGGUGCUUUCGAUGCAUUUUGCAAAUCCGGUCAAUCGCCGUCAACAGUUCCCGCUCCAAAACUAAAAUUCUUCACAUCAGGCCCAAAAAUCCCGGUUGCGUGCACUCCUUCCCCAUCAAAUCUCGUCAAACAAGAGGAAAAAACUCCCGUUACCCAAUUAAAAUUAGCAACACCCAAAAUUACGCCCGGCUUGGAAGACAUCGUGUCCAAAGCAAUUGACUCAAAAAUCUCGCAAGAGCAGCUCCUGGAGGCAUCAAAGCCAAAACCGAUCCCCAAGAACACCGUCACCUACAAAAUUGUCUCGAAACUCGCUCAGAACCCCGAUAUCGCCAAGUCCACGUACCAGAAUUUGAUGCGAAAGCCCGUUGUGGUGCAAAUUAUUCCGCAAGCUACGCAAAAUGCGAUAAUUGUGAGUAAUGCAACUGUCAAGACAGCAACGUCGCAAGCGACAGAACGAAGUCAGCAACUGGCGACGGUACGAACGCAACAAGUAGCGACAAAUUUGAGUAUUCAACGAUUGCCGGCAAAGGCGAAUCAAGCGACGACAAUUUUGCAGCCGUAUUACGCUGCAGAUAAGAAUCGAAAAGUGAUCGCUUUGGCAGACACAAUCGUUCAAACGACGUUUUAAAAGAAGGAAAUUUUGUAAAUAGAAUUUUUGAAAAUCCAAACAAAUCUUACU